GUGAAGACAUCCGGAAUCGGAAGAAAAGCAAAUAAACAAUAUUUAUAACGUAGUUAUAAUAAAUAAUGUUUGUGUGAAGAUAUAAAUAAAGUGUACGGAGAAUAAACGAAACGCUUAAUUUGAAUUAUGAAAAACUAAAUCCACUAAUUUAUGAAUUAUAGUUUUUGAUUGUGUGUUAAUAUAAAAAUGACAAACUAAUUGAUUGAAAAAAAAACAUUUCUAGAAUAAAACUCUUAGAAUAAUUUGUAAAAAGUUAAAAGAAAAUAUGAACAUGGCACUAUUGAAAUGUGUUGCCUUUGCAGUGUGCAUUGUGCUGGGGAUUUUGGGCCCGAUUAAUGGUCACUUAUUGAAGCGCGGUGCCUCCUUUAUGGAUGAUGAUGCUACCGUUCGCACCGAAAUUGUCGACCGUAAUAAUCGCACAAUUUUGGCCAGAUUCAACCUAACGGUAGCUCAAAUGAACAGUAUUAUGCAGAGCCAAAAUCCAAAUAAUGAAGAUCGCGCCGGUCAAGAUGCCACACAACGCUUUCAUGUUAUCAAAGAGUUUCGUAUUAAUGAUAUAAAGAAUCGUUUGCAAUCAGCUUUUCAAGCAAGCAAUUCAGAUGAGACUCAAGGGCAUCCAUUGCACGAAAUAGCAGCAUACCCCAUAUGCAACUCAGAGUCCACCGAAAGCUCCUGGAUGCAUGACAACAACGUGACAAUUCGAUUUUCUGACAGUCUUUUUGAACCAAAGCGUGACAAUUUGAAUCUGGACAGCGCAAUACUACGCUUAUAUAAGGUCAAUCCAAACAAUACAGACGACGCCAACGCAUCAAAUGACGAAGGUGAUAAAGAGGCCAAAAGCUGUGGUGAUCCUCUAACGCUAACUCCACAAAUACGUGUUACAGUUUCCAUUGUACGACAAUUGCGCAGAAACAAGCGAGAGCGUAAAAAGCAUAUUUGCAACACAACAAUGAUGAAUAUAUCCAAAACCGGCUGGGUUGAGAUUGACAUCAGGCGCGCCAUUUACAUUUGGGAAAGUGUCGAACGCCAACAGCAGCAACAAUCCCGCCAGCAACCGAUUCAAAUCGGUUGGUUGAUGAUCGAAGUACAUGACGAAGAGGAGAAUCCACUCAAGCCGGGACUGUUCUUCAAUCCACCAAAAUGUGAUCAGGCAGAAUUUGCAAUCCCGUGGAAUUACUACGGACCGCACACGUCUAUGUCUCCUUUUGCAGCGCACGAAGUGCCAAGAUAUCCAAGAUUAGAUGUUAAAUUGAUAGGAUAUGCAUCAUUCGCGCCAAAAAAUAUGAAAAAAGAAGUCCACGACAUGUUGCGUGGAAACUUACGACGACAAUUAUUUAACCACUCUAAGGCCUCUGAGGAAGAUUUCCAACCGGAUGAGCAACACUCUACAUCAGAAAAAACACUGACCGCUGAUAAUUUAUUCCAAUUGUCCACAUCUAGUGAUGCGGAACCUAAGCACAGCGCAAAGAAACGUCAAUCUGACCAGAAUAUUGUCUUUCAAAAUUUCCACAUAGCUCAUCACGAUCAUAACCAUCGAAGUCAUAAGCGUAACCUACGUGUGAACAUUGAAAGGCAAGCUAACCACUUAACCACUUCGAAACAAAGGGCUCAUCAUGAAUCUAUCCCAUCGCAAAAUGGCGGUUUACAAUAUAAAGUUCAUAAUCGGCACAACACUCUUCGGCAUACCCACAAUCCUCACAAACAACAUCAGCUACAUCUCGAAUAUCCUAUAAAUUCUCCUGCCUAUUAAACGAAAGCAAUAGUAAUCAGUGUCAUCCCAUCCCACCCAUGAAGCGCUUGAAAUACGCGCACAAAAUCCAUAAGCUCAUAAUGAGUAGUCUUCCCUGUUCAAUAGGCCGUUUAACUUAAUUACAUUUUAACACAUAUACGUUAGCUUACACGCAUAGGAUAUAUGUAAGAAUAUUUAAACAAUUUUCAAAUGAAUACACAUCGCUAGAAACACGCUAAAAUAUGAAUUUAUUUAUCCAAAACACAUAAAUUUUCACACUCAUUCAUACGAACAAACGCUCCCAGUACCAAAAGUCCUUAUGAAAUGACUAAAUUGAAAAAAGCGACGUACAUACAUAUGUAGUUUCAGAAGGCAUUACUCAAGGCGGUAUAAUGAUUGUCAUUUAAAUAUUGCCGCUGACAAAGCUUUUGUCAAUUUUUAAUUAUUUUAAGAAAGCGAAAGCUUACAAAAACCAUGCCCUUAUAAUACAAAAAAGGGUUUCAACAACUUUCUGCACGCGACCUAUUUCUACUGGGUUCCUACCGAACAAUAUACUUUUUCUUUAGAGACUGUGAUUUAUGUUAUGUACAUUUGGCUUCUAUAUAUUUAUGUACUAAAAUUAGUUUUUAUUUGUUUUAAAAACCAAUAUUUAUACAUUAAAAUUUAAAUUAUAUAACUAUGCUUACGAAUACUUUAUUAGAUAUUAUCCAUAUUAUUUAUUGUCUCAAAAUAAUGUGACAUAAACAUACAUACAUACAUAUGUCUGUGUGUACUUACGUAUGAUGCUCUUUUCAUAAUGGACGUGAAGAUUGUGUAUUUAAUCGAUACUUAAGGAAUGGGCAGUUUCAAAGAAAAAAGAAAUUAAAAAUCUAGUACUUGCUAGUUAUAACGGGGCAUCUCGACAGGAUGAAAUUUAUGUUAUACUGACUGUAUUGCCGUGCCUAUUGCCUGUGGAGACUCCCUAUUGCUUAUGGAAAGCAAUAUAUGGAAUACUAAUUAGUUUGCCAUAUAUUGAAAGCAAUAAGCUGUCACUUUAGCAGUUUGACAGCGCAGUUUUCAUUUCUAUGAAA